GUGUCGAGUAUAAAUACAAAUACGCGAGUUGUAGAAACGCCUGGGAACUUCUCUCUUCCAUAGAAGACGGAAGAAAAAUCCGCGUCAUUGCGUUUUCGUAUUUCACCCCAUUCCAUUGAAGCUCUUUCAGAAAUCCUUGUCUGAGAAUUCUCCUUUCCUCUUCUUUCGUUUUCAGCAUUUCAGUCAUUGUUAUUGGUGCAUCAUUGGGUAUAUCUGGUCAUGUUUUUUGUAAUAUUUGAUUGAGUUGGAUUUCAGAAGACAUCGUUUGGAUUUUGCAGGAUUGUCCGAGAAAUUUAGUGGCCAAAUUUGGAAGGAUCAGAUAAAAUCUCAUUUAUUUGAUUGGAUGGUUGGAAACUUAGAACUAUUUGUUUGGACCUUGUAAGAUCGUUGAAAUGAUUGAGGGCAUUCGGGUUUUGAUCAUUGUCACUGUUUACUAAGAUGGGAGCACUAUAACCGAGUUUCAUUUCAUUUCAGUGAUUUGGGAGUUAAAAAAUGAUAGGUUUGGAACGUCUCAUGGGUUUUUAGGUUACAAUUGAUUUUGUGGGUGUAGCAACUCCAUUGUGUUUCUGAUGUUUUUGUCAUGGCAUCCACAAUUCUCUCACACCUGCAAAAUCUGUGGCCAUUCUCACUACGCAAAACUGGUGAUGAUUUGAAGCUUUCAGACACAUUGGUUCGUGGGCUCCCUAUACCUGACCAGACAAAACAAUUUGUAUUUGCCAUUCGUGAGCCUGAAUCACAGGCAGUGGUGUAUGUAUUAGCUGCACAAAACUUAUCAGAACAAUCCGCUUUAGAUGCAGAGUAUCUGAUUAAGGUAGUACGGCCUGAUGCUGUUGUGGCCCAGAUUUCUCCUUCAGCAUUGAUUGAAAUUCAGCAAGAGGAGAAUCAUUUGAGGAAUGAUGAAGAAAUCCCAGUUCCAACUUCUGCUUUUGGAGUGCUUAAAGGAUGUUUUGUUGAUAAGAUAAAUAGUGUACAGUAUGAGAGUUUGGCAGGAGGUCAGGUUUUGCGGGAGAUUUUCGGGAUUGGGUUUUAUGGGCACUUCUUGGCUGCCAAAAGUGCUGCAAAAGAGGCUGAUUCAACAUUCUUGUCGCUUGAAUCUCCAUUUGUGAGUACUUGUGUGGACAAUAGUCAAGAUUCGGAUAACAAUGAUUUGGGUAAUGCAGGUUCUGGAUUACUUCUACAGCCAAGCAAUCUGCUUCCUGGGAAAGUAACUUCAGUUAUCUCCUCGAAUUCAAAGAGGUUUUGCCUCACCGAUAAGCUUCAAUCCCAGAUGGUAAAAUCUUUAUCUUCAUCUUUAGCUUUAUCAACGUCGAAAGAUUUAAAACCUAGUUUUCUGGAUUCUGUUCAUGGGUCUGAGGCUGGAGACUGUCAGCCAAGGUGUGAUUUUCAAGCUCCGUCAUUUGCCGAAUCUGUUUACUCCUUGUUGACCGAUUUACACGACAUGUUCAUUGAUAUUCCAGCGAUUGGAAAAGCCCUGGUUUAUGCACAAAAGAUUCUUGUCGAUGUUGAUGAAGGAAAAUCUAUUGAUACUAAACUUCUAUCUGAAGUUCACAACUUCCGAAUUGCCGUUGAGGGAUUGAGAAUAGCUCUGAACAGUGCUGCCCGCUCUCCUGUCAAUAAAAUGGAAAAGACCAAUUCCGCAGCCGUUGAAUUUUCGGAUCUUCCUCCUGAUGAGAAAUGCCAUGUUCUUUUUGCACAAGCCCUCAAGAGUCAGACCAAAAAGUUCAGAUCCAUAGUUGCUAUAGUUGAUGCUAGUAGUUUAGCUGGUCUUCGGAAGCACUGGAAUACUACUGUGCCUCUGGAGGUUGCAGAAUUAGCUGACCAAUGUUUCAGAAUGUAUGAUAGCGAGGUAGAAAUAUCAGCAGAAAACACAGAUAGAAAGAGAUUAUUAGCUGACAAGCCUGUUGUGGCAGUUGGUGCAGGAGCGACAGCAGUUUUAGGUGCUUCAUCUCUAUCGAAAGCUGUACCUGUGUCAACGCUUGUGAAGGUGGUCACAUACAAAGUCCCUGUUUCUCUGAAAAUCGGUUUAGCUCAGAUGCAGAGAACAGCUGCUAUUGCUCUAACUAAGAUUCUUGGACCAUCAAAGAUCGUAGCCCCAGGCAUUGCCAGUUCCGGUGCCAAAACCUCUGCCUUGAAGGUGACUGCUUCUGCCGAAAAGAUCCGUGUGGUGGCCCACAGCAUUAUAGCCUCUGCUGAACGCACCAGCUUUCAAGCCAUGCGGUCAGCCUUCUACGAAAUAAUGAGAAGACGGCAGGGCCGGCCAGUUGGGGUUAUGCCGUGGACAGCAUUUGGUUGUAGUGUUGCCACCUGCACAGGGCUACUGGUUUAUGGGGAUGGAAUCGAGUGUGUUGCUGAGUCUGUUCCUUCAGCUCCCACGAUUGCAUGUUUAGGCCGCGGACUUCGAAGCUUACACCAGGCAUCUCAGGAAGCGAGGCAGACAAACACUGCAAAGAUACAUGAAGCAAUAAAAUCAUUAAUGUACAGUCUGAAGAAAUAAAAAUUCAAUAAGGGUGCGUUUGGAUACGUUGCCAAUCUCAUUGGUGGGUUUUCCAUGGCAGACAAGAUACACUUGUUUGGUGUGGCUCGGAAAAUGGGAGAUCCAUUACAAGGGUUCCUUUUUCGUCUUAAAUCACAAAUGAGAUAAGAAUUGGAAAUUUCUCAUCUCACCUGUGAUUUAUGAAAGAGGAGCGAUGAGGAGAAGCUCAUCGGUCGGAGGAGCUCAAGAAGGUUUGGGAGAAGCUCGAGGGCACGAGGAGCUCAUUGGUGGGGCAAAAGCUUGACGAAAUUCCGAUCAGUGUUCAAAUUAUCUCCAAUAUUAUCGAAAUAUCUCCGAUUAUUAUCUUUAUUUCCAGCUCAACGAUACCAAUAACACUGGUAGCGAUAUCGAUAACACUGGUAGUAUCAGAAAUUCCAGGUAUUAGCAAUGUGUCGCUAAGUAUUGCCAAUGUAUUGAUAUCGCUAAUGUAAUCGGCAAUAUUUUCAACUAUGUAAAUUCUAGGUGUCGCUUGUGUUGCCAAUGCAUCAAUAUCACCAUGUAUUGUCAAUAUUUUCGACAAUGUAAAUUCUAGGUAAUGCCUCUA